CGACAGCACAAGAGCGCCCACCAUGCCCCCGGAACCUGGCGCACCGCAGCCGAUAGACAUGGCCGCGUCGUCGUCGUCGUCCCGGGCGCGGCAAGCUCGGCGGGACACCUCGGCAUCGCGCAGCCGCAGCGGAGCGCUCUCGACCUCGCCGCCGCUCUCGUCGCAUGGGAGCUUUGACGACCGCACGCCCACAGCGUCGUUUUCAAUCGCGAGCUGGGCGGGCGGAGUGGGUGCGGGCAGCAGCUCGAGAAGACCCGCACUGGGCCAUCGCGGCUCGGACGCGUCCCUGCCCCGCGGGAACAGCGUCGCGGGCUCCCUCCCGACCUCGGCCUUCAUGGGCCCCCGGAGACAGGCCCAAGGCCCCAGCGUUGACCCGCAGAACGACUACCUCGCCAACUGGGAGACACUGAACGACCUGAUUGUCAACCCCGGUGACAGCGAGGUAUCGCCCAGCCCGGUGCGCGGAGGAAAGGCGUGGGGCGACACGCCGAGCCAGCGCAGCCUGCGGUCGAUGAUAACGCCCACGCGGUCCGCGUUCGGCCGCCCCAUCCCCGGCGUGCAGGAGGAUGAUGAGGCCGAGGAGCGGGCCGAGUCGUCGUUCUCGGCCGUGCUGUCCACCUCGCCGAAUCCGAUGGGCGAAGAGUUCCCAAGCUUCGGCGUGGCCGGAGACCUUAUCGGCGAAGAUCGAGUGGCGACACCGACUCCACAGCGGCCGACGCCGACAGCGGCGCCACCGCGCACUCCUCCGCCCCCGCCGCCGACGACGGCACCCAGCCCCAGUGUGGUGAAAGACGCUCCACCAUCAAAGAAGCAAGCCUCCCCGCUAUGGCCUCCGCAGCCCUGGGUCGUGGCGAUAUUCAAGUGCGGCCUCGCGUACUUCCUCGCGUCGCUGUUCACGUUCGUGCCCCAGCUGUCGGCGCUGCUGUCGAUGCAGUCCGAGACGGACGUGCACGGGCGGGUACGCCGCGUGCCGGCGUACUCUGCACACAUGGUCGCCACGAUCGUCGUCUACUUCAACCCCGCACGUACCAAGGGUGGCAUGAUUCUCUCGACACGCUACUGUAUCAUUCUGGCCGGCCUCGCGGCCAUCGUGUCACUCAUCUCGUUUGGCAUCAUCAGACUAUUCGACCACUGGUCCCCGUCCAACGGCACCCAGUGGGACUGGAUCAGUGAGAUGGGCGACUGGGCAGUUUGUAUCUUGUGUAUCGGUGGUGCUAUGGGUGGCUUGGCAUGGGCAAAGGUCUGGGUCGGGAACCCGGCCUUCAACACUGGCUGCUCCAUGGCCGCCGUGACGCUCUUCACCGUCAUCGUCAAGGAAGGUGGCAUGACCAAGCUCGAGGAGGUGCUCUUCAUCGUCAUCAUCGGAGCGACUAUCACGAACCUAGUCUCCUUCCUCGUCUUCCCCGUGUCUGCCACUUCCCGCCUGCAAAACUCAAUCUCCAAAUCCCUCAAGUCUUUCUCCACCCUGCUGGAUCUCCUCACCUCAUGCUUCCUUCUCGAGAAGACGGUCCUGCGCGAGAAUCGCAUGACGCUCGCCGAGGCAGUCAAGUCGCACGGUGCAGCGUUUAAAUCCCUCAAGGCUGAUCUCAGCGAGGCGAAGCAUGAGCGCAUCAUCGACCCACGCGUGCGCGGCCGCAAGCUCGAGCUCUACGACGCCGCCCUCGGCAGCAUGGCCCGCCUUGCCCAGCAUCUUGCCGGCAUGCGCAGCAGCACGCGCAUGCAGGAGGCCCUUAUCAGAGCCAGCCUCGACGGAAGGAUCGUCCUCGACCAGGCGGAGAAGGACCAGUCGUACAUGGCGCCGUCGGUCGUGGACGACGUCAAUGAUGUCCAGCACGACCAGUUUGAGAACCCGGUCGAGGUGAAGCAAAGCAUCGCGCUGUUCCUCGAGCUGCAGCACAUCACAGGUGAUGAUAUGGACAACCUUGUCACACGGUGUGACGAAGCCCUUGACGCGAUCGAGGACGUCACGUACCCCGAAGCGCAGUCUACAGUUGAUGCCAAUCUCACCGAGAUCCGCACAUCCCUCGCAACUGCCCUGCAGAAUUUCUCGCGUGCGUCCAGCAGAGCCAUCAAGCGGGUGUAUGCUGGCCCGCGUCGCCGGCGCGGUAUCUUGCCCGGCAAGAAUGGAGAGAGCAGCAGCAGUAGCGACGAGGAGGGGAGCGGCGGUGACAAGGCCGUGGAUGAUCAUUCGACUGGUCCGAACGAGGUCAUCUUCCUGGUCUAUUUCUUUCUCUUUACACUCGAGGAGUUUGCGCGCGAGCUGCUCUUCCUUCUAGACACCGUCUACGAGAUUGUCAACGAGCCGCAGCUCACUGCUAUCGACCAAAUCCGGUCCAUCCUUGCCCCUUGGCAACGGCCCCGCCGACGAUCCAACUACCUGUACAAGCAGCUUCAACGUGUCGUGCCCAUCGACCCGAGCAAGCUCCAACCGCCCCUGUUUCCCCGCACACAGCGAGACAAGACGGGAACGCUGCUCACGCCUGGAAACGAGGGCCUCUCGCGCCGAGCAAAGAUCUCCCAGUGGUUCUGGAAGCUCGGCUCGCGUAUCCGCGAGCCUGACCUGCAGUACGCCAUCAAGACUGGUGUCGCGGGCGCCAUGCUCGCUGCGCCGGCUUACAUCGAGAGGACGAGACCCAUCUUCUUAGAGUACCGCGGAGAAUGGGCUCUGAUCGCUUUCUUCGCGACCAUGAGUCCUACGGUCGGGCAGACAAACUUCUUGUCGUUCUUCCGAAUCGUUGGCACACUCCUCGGCGGUGCUGUUGCCGUUCUCGCGUGCACACUAUUCCCAGAAGACCCGGUCAGCCUGCCCAUCUUCGGGUACCUCUUCUCCCUGCCCUGCUUCUACAUCAUCACCCAGAUGCCCGACUACGCCCAGGCUGGACGGUUCAUCCUCCUGACUUAUAACCUCACCUGCCUCUACGCCUACAACCUGCGCGAGAGCACAAAAGACCUGUCGCCGCUCGAGAUUGCCGUCCGCCGCUCAACCAGCGUCAUCACCGGCGUGAUCUGGGCCGGGAUCGUAUCGCGCUACUGGUGGCCAUACACCGCCCGACGCGAGCUUCGCAUGGGCCUCGGCGACUUCUGCCUCGACCUGUCAUACCUCUACUCCAAACUUGUGACGGCGUACACGCGCGGCGUGGAGCAUGAAGUGCACGUCGCACCCUCGGCAAGCGGCGAGACCACGCCUCUGCUUCCGAUCGGAGUCGCGCGGCACCACCUCAGCCCCGCAGUGCUUCAGUUCAUGUCCAUGGAACUCCACCUCCAGAGCCAACUGGCGACUCUCCGCGGUCUGCUGUCGCACGCAAAGAACGAACCCCGUAUCAAGGGUCCGUUUGCGUUCGACUUCUACCAGGAGGUGCUGCUCAGCUGCGAGCGCAUGCUUGACAAGCUGCACAGCAUGCGCUGCGUUACGACGCGACACGACUGGGAUAACAGUAUCCGCGAGGCCUUCGUGCUGCCUGUCAACAACCUCCAGCGCGAGAUGGCGGGGAACGUUAUCCUCUACUUCUACACCCUCUCGGCCGGCUUCCGCCUCCGUAUCCCCAUGCCGCCGUACCUCCCCCCAGCAGAGAACGCACGCGACCGCCUGGUCGAGGCGAUCCGCAACCUCGACGAGGUGAAGCAGCGCAGCGUGCGCGGUGGCGGGCGGCACCUCCUCUUCUUCGCGUACGCACUCGCGAUGCAAGAGGUCAUCGCGGAGCUCGACUACCUCGGUGGCCUGCUCCAGGACGCGUUUGGCGUCAUCUCUCAGAGCACGGUGCGCGACUUUGAGGAGCUAUUCGUAGGCGGUGGUGGCGGCCAGGAGGAGUACGGCGCAAUGGGCACGUCGCAGAUCAACAUAGAUGUGUAGCAAUUUACGAU